UUCUAAAGUAAAUAAAAAGUUUGUCUUCAAAUCUAGAUCUACACUUUAGAGUUGGUCUGUAAUGUGUUUGGUAUCACAGGCAUUUUCGAUCGCUUCUCCAAGACUUGUGAAGGACUCUUUUUGGUAUAAUGUUUUGGAAUAUGAACCUUCUUAUUGAUUGUUUGUCUUCUUCUCUCAUAUAAUAGCUUGCCUCUUCUCCUUGUUAUCUUUCUUUGCUCAAACUCAGUCCCUUGGUCGGUUCCUCAGUAGGAGGAUGCACUAAACUCACUUCCCAUUUAUCU